AUUACUCCUUUGUUCAAUGAAGCGAUCUCUAUGUCGUCUCAAAAUAAAACCCUUAUACCCAUGGAGGAAGUAGCUCUUCAGAUCCUUUUAUUUUGCCAGGUUGGGAUUGGGAUUCUCGCCAACAUCCUUCUGUUUGUCAAAAAUUUCUCUCCAAUCUUGACUGACUCUCAACUGAAGCCUAUACAGGUCAUUCUAACCAACUGCUCUGUGUCCAAUAUCUUCACUCUCCUCAUCUUGAUAUUUCCAAACAAUAUGACACCUUUUGUUCCAAGGAACCCCCUAAAUGACCUCAGAUGUAAACUUGGGUUCUUUUUUCCCGUGGUAGCUCAAAGCACAAACAUGUGCUACACUUGUGCCCUUAGCACCUACCAAUUUAUCACUAUUGCUCCCAGUAACUGGGGUCAUGUGAUGCUCAGAGAUAUAUCUCCCAAGGUUCUGAGUUAUUCUUCUUACAGCUGUUGGUUGUUUAGUGUCUUAAAUAAUGUUUACAUUCCAAUGAAAAUCAGUGGUCCACAAAAAAAGCAAGAUAAUGCUGAUUCUAAAAGCAAGUGGGUCUGCACUAACCCUGAUUUCAGUAUAGGCAUGAGCUUCUUGCGGUUUGCCCAUGACACCAUGUUCAUCAGCAUUAUGGUCUGGACCAGUGUCUCCAUGGUGAUGCACCUGAACAGACACCACCAGAGGCUACAGCAUAUUCGCACUCCCAAUCAGAGCCACAGAUGCUAUGCUGAGACCAGAGCAGCCCACACCAUCCUGAUGCUGGUGGUCACAUUUGUGAGCUUGUAUCUCCUGAAUUGUAUUUGUAAUUUAUUUUACAUUCCUUUUGUGGACUCUCAUCUCUGGUUGAGGGGUAUCAGUGAAGUUUUGACUGCAGGCUUCCCCACUAUCUCUCCUUUACUGUUGAUCAUUAGAGAUCCUAAGGAUCCUUGUUCUGUUCUCUUCCACUGCUGA